AAUUGUAAGGCAAAGGGCAGAGACAAGGGUUGGUUGCAGGGCAAUGAUUUUGGUGAGGAAAGUUAGUUCCGGUAAAUGGGUUGUCACAAAGUUUGUAAAGGAGCACACACACCCUUUGACACCUGGAAAAGGCAGAAGGGAUUGCAUUUAUGAACAAUAUCCGAAUGAACAUGAUAAAAUUCGAGAACUAUCUCAGCAAUUGGCUAUAGAGAAAAAACGGUGUGCAGCUUAUAAAAGGCAACUUGAAUUGUUAUUUGAACACAUUGAGGAGCAUAAUAAUAGUCUUUCAAAGAAAAUACAGCACAUAGUAGGCAAUGUGAAGGAGAUUGAAGCUGAAGAACAACAGCGUCAUAGAUAGGUUCAACUAUUAAUUUCUAGUAUUUGAGGUAUUUCACCGGAUGAAACACAAUCAAUGACCAGUGUUGAAGGUGCUACUAGGAAAAAUCAUGCAAGAAGUAUAUUUGCUGACCAAGGCAUAUGCUCCAUUUAGCAUUAGGUUCAUUUGGUAGAUUAGUUUUUCAAGUUCAAUGGAAUUCAUUGGACAACUUUAUAUGGUGUGAUACUUAAGUUGGUAGAAGAAACCAGUUCAGUCAAUGUACAGGUCCUUUUGAGUCCAUUCUUGUGUAGUUGUUCUAACAAUAUUAUGACCCAUAACAGGCAUUCAAAUGCCUUGAUAGAAUUUACUCCAUUGUUGAUUUUGUAAAUUUUGAUUCAAGCCUACCUUCUUUGUAUAGCAUUUAAAUAAUACGUUUAUUCUGUACA